AUGUCGAGCCCGCGAGCGAGCAGCCGCAGCCCGUCGCUCGACCUUCAACUCGAACCCGACUCGGACCUCGACCCGGACCUGCUCGACCCGCAACUCGCCGUGCCCAUCCCUCCUCCCCACAUCGCCUCGUCCCCCUCCCCUUCCUCGUCCUCGUCGUCGUCCUCCUCCACCUCGUCCUCGCACGACCUCGACCGCGACCCGCACCAAGCCCCAGGCCCAGCCCCGACGCCCGCCUCGCCGCACGCCCAGGUGUCGUGCCUCGCCCACCUCAACGCCGACGCCGACGACGCCCUCGUCGCCAACCAGGCGUACCAACACGCCCUCAAGGACGCCAUGAUGCGCCUAGAGCACGUCAGGAGGCGCGCAAAGGCGCUCAAGGACCUCGUCACGUCACUCUCGGCCUCUCUCGCCGCCUCGACCUCGUCCUCGGCCGCCGACCGCGACCGCGACCGCGACCGCGACGCCGCCGCCGCCGACAACGACAACGACGAGGUCGAGCCCGACCCGGACGUCGGCGCCGGACGCGCCCUCGCGCGCCUCCCCGACCGACACGUGCGCCUGCGCGCACCGGGCAUGCUCGAGCCGGCCGUGCCCUACUUUCGGCACAUGCAUGGGCAGGACUUGCCGCUCAACGAGGACGCGAGGGCGAGGGAGAGGUACCUCCGGGCGAUCCAGGCGCGCAGCUGGCAGACGCACGAGCGCCUCAAGCUCAAGGGCGAGGUCGUCGCGCACAACCACCGCCUCGUCGCGCGCGAGGCCAUGCUGAGGGGCGACGACCCGGCCGAGGCGGUCGCGAGCAGGAGGAGGGACGACCCCGGGUGGUUCAUGCGCAACGUCGACGGGCUCGACUGGGACUCGAUCGCGCUCGUGAUGCCGCACCGCUCGGCGGCAGCGUGCAAGAUCCAGUGGCAGUCGCGCGACCACCCGUUCCUGGCGUCGCUCGGCGGCGGCGGCGGCGGUGGCGGCGGCGGCGGCGUCGAGGCGGCCAAGUGGACGGCUGACGAGCACGCGAGGCUCGUCGCUGCCCCCAACCGCACGCCAACCAUGUGCGCGCGUCGGUGGCGCCGCCGCCCGAAACCUUCGGGCACGACCUCGUCGUCGGCCGCCAAAGUCGAGCGCAUGGUGUGGACGCCCGAGGAGGACGAGCGGCUCAAGGUCGCCGUGCAGCAGUGGGGCGAGAACUGGGACGUCGUCGCGCGCCACAUCUCUGUCCCCGCCGCCGUGUGCCGCCUGCGGUUCCAGAACUCUCUCCGUCCCUCGCUCGCGCGCGGGCGCUUUACGCCCAACGAGGACGCGCUCCUC